AUGUUUUAUGUCAAUAUUUUCACCCCUACACGUUGAACGUACAUGGACGUGUCCAUUUUGCAGGGAUUGCUGGGAAGAAGAAGGAGUCAGUCUAGGUUGGGCAGUCGGAUAGGCGUACAAACGUGGAAGCUAUUUACUGAAAGCCCCCUGCCCCUGCAGCCACAAUGGAAGAGGAGAUCGUGGAGGAGCACGCCAAGCUGAAGCAGGGCGUGGUGAAGGUGCUGCAGUGCGUGGCCACCAUCUCGUCGGCGGCGGCCGUGGUCAAUCCCAUCUUUGGCGUGGCGGGCUCGCUGAUGCGCGUGGUUCUGCACCACAUCGACGACGAGGACAUCCGCACGCUCAAGCGCGAGUUCGGCUCUGUCAACCGGGCGCUAGACGAGCUCUCGCGCAAGAACCGCCAGGCGCUGGUGGCCAUCCAGAAGGAGACGCUGGACAGCCAGUAUGCCUCGGUGGAGGAGAACCUCAAGAACCAAUUUCGCAAGUUCAUGGAGCUGGUGGAGGCCCGGCCUGAGCACAGCGAGCGCAAGAAGGAAGACUUCGCCCGCAGCUACGCCGACGACCUGGGCGACCAGAACCUGCACACGCUCUAUGACGGCGUGGUGGGGAAACCCAAACUCUUCAGUCGGCCUAUCCUGGAGGUGUUCCUGAAACACUCGGGCGGCGAUCGUCGGGCCAUGGAGCGCUUGUGUACGCGCCUCACCUAUUUGUUCUGCAUCGGCUUGAUCGCCCUGAUGGGCUACGCCGCCGUCAUCGGCGACGACGACGCCGGCCUGAGCGAGGAGUGGGCCGAAAAGAUGGAGAACGUACAGGACAAGAUGCAGCAUGCGCUGCGCAUGUGCCGCUGAAUCGGGUACACGCGCAUCGUCAUCGUUAACUUCAACGGCAGCGGUGGGCAAAGACACGUACGCUACUUCUACCUUACUGACAGUGCGGCCCAGCCAACAUUUAUAUUAUCAAGCAUCCUUAUAUUGCUCUUUUUUCUUUCUUUGAAUUAGUUGUUGGGAUUUUUUUCUUUAAUUCAAUAGCUAGCAGAUUGGUUUAUUGUAAGAAAUAAGAGAUGGGCAAAAAUGAUACUUUUAUUUUUUCAAAUCAAAUAGUUUUUUUCAUUGACUGCCUGACAUUUUACGAGCAUUUUGACUGAUCUUUCGAGAUUAGGUUCUCCCAAUAAUUACCAAACCAGAAAGUUGGCUCAUAUCAGAAAAAAAACAAGAUUUUUUGUUCUUUAAUAGCUAGCAGUGGAACACGUGCUGAUUCCAAGUGGACAGAAAAGCUUUGCAUGAACGCAAACAUGUCAACAGAACAGUGACUUUGAUGGCGUUGUGACACCUCAAACUAAAAAAAAAAAAAAUGACUGAGAAAGGGCUUUUGAUGAAAUAACGCCAAAGAAACACAGUAAGCAAUGCAGUCUCAACACAUGGCCGGAGUUGAAUGUCAGCGGCCUUUUUUCACUCUAUGAACUGCGUCAUCAAACACAGACGCUGUUGGCAAUGUCAGGUGCCUAAACUCCUUGUCCGAGCCGGCCACCUAAUCUUUCUCUUCUAAUUAAAAGCUGUGCGGAUCUCCAAUCCAAAGCGACGCAAGACAGCCACCUACUGGCCUCUAGUUCAUCAAUACGGCCACGUAUGUGCGUUAUUUGAUAGACGAGCUAAGCCAGACCCUCCACCGUGCCUGUCUGUUGAAAAAUGGACCACGAAUAUAUUUGUCGGUGCUGGUAGUCAUCGACAAAUGCAAGCAGCCAUUGAGUUAAUGAAAUAAAAGAAAAAUCAGUUAACAUCUGACAGAUCCCCCCCGUCAUUAAUCCGAGCUGUCCCAUGUAUCCAUUUGAAAUGGCCAUUCGGCCCUUCCGCGCUUGAGUUUGCCCACCGCUGUUUAGAUAAGAACGCUGGGACCACGCUUGAGUUUUGAUCAUCUUUGUAAGGUGACCUGGACUGCUCCGCAAGGCGCCUGUCGAUGAAAUGUUGCGUUAUUAAGUCUUGGACCACCCACCCACUAAACAUCUUCAUGUUCUUUGUUACAAGUUAGGACGCAUGCCAAGCCAAGGGAUGUCACGGACAUCGUUGUCCAACAAUCCCCGGUUUAUCUCAAUCUCAACCGGCUGGUGAGAUGUUCUGAAAAAUCAGCGAGACCAAAAAAAAGAUUUCGUAGGAUAAAUGUGAUGAAAUGAUGGAUGGCAAACUGAGCGCAUACCUGAACACUAAAAGUGGUUGCACUCGUUUUUAUGAUGCUAGAUGAGAAUGCCGCUUGAGUUCCACCAACACUACUUUUGAAGCACUUCUUUCCACAUGUUCUGCAGAACGACUUUAAAAAACUGGCAUCGAAGUUCAUGCCGAGUAGGUCACUUUGUGUUGUACGGGCACUUUAUCCCAUAAGCAACAGCUUCUUUUUUUUCCCAAAUACCUUUUUUGUUUGUUUGCAGUCAGUGGUGCCUCAAUGAUUAUAUUGUUGUUUGUUUGUUUGUUUUUUACACUAUGUUAUGAGACAUUCUUUUACAUGUGUUUUAAACCUAAUUAUGCGGUAUAAAAUGAAAGCGACUAAAGUGUGUAUACUUGUCUGAUGUAGGCCAUUUGAUCGUAUCGGGCGACUGUUCUGUUUUUGUUUUGGCUGCACGUUUUGAGCACCACUACAAAUAAAUAUGAGUCCAUACAUCCAUGA